AUGCUUCGCCCCGCCACCUUCCGUUCGCUCGCUCGCGUUCCCAACAUGCGCGCUGUCAGCGCCGCCAACGCCGCGCGGUGGUACGCUAGCUCGUCGGACAAGUUUGUGCGCAUCGUCGAAGUGGCGGCUCGCGACGGCCUCCAAAACCUCCCUCCUCCCGCUGUCCCCACGCCAGUGAAGAAGGAGCUCAUUCAGCGCCUCCUCGACUCGGGCCUCAAGACGAUCGAGGUUGGCAGCUUUGUGCGAGCCGACCGCGUCCCCCAGAUGGCGGACACCCCUCAGCUCCUCCCCCAGCUCCCUUCACUCGCCAAGGCCGUUGACACGCACUACCCUGUCCUCGUGCCCAACCUGCGCGGAAUGCAGGGUCUUCUCGAGCUCGACAAGGGUCAGGAGCGCCUCACGAACGAGAUCGCAGUCUUCGUCAGCGCUACCGAGCCCUUCUCCAAGGCGAACAACAACGCCUCCGUUGACAAGGUGCUGUCUGGCCUCCCGGCCGUUAUCGACCAGGCAAAGGGCAAGUACCGCGUGCGCGGGUACGUGUCUUGCGUCAUGACCGACCCGUACGCUGGUCCCACGGACCCCAAGGACGUCGUCAAGGUCGCGCGCAAGCUCCUCGACAUGGGGUGCUACGAGGUGUCGCUUGGUGACACGACUGGCGAGGGUAACCCCGAGGCGUGGAAGAAGCUGUGGCAGGCACUCAUUGACGAGGGUAUCCCCGUCGAGAAGAUGGCCGCCCACUGCCACGACACGUUCGCCAUGGCCGUCCCCUCCAUCCUCGCCCUCCUUCCCAUGGGCCUGCGUAUCGUUGAUUCGUCCCUUGCUGGCCUUGGUGGAUGCCCAUACUCGCCUGGUGCAACGGGCAACGUCGCGACCGAGGACGUCGUCUACGCGCUUCACAAGCUCGGGUACCAGACUGGUGUUGAUCUUGACAAGCUUGUCGAGGAUGGCAACUGGCUCUGCAGCACCAUUGGCAUUCGAAACGAGUCCAAGGUCGGUCGCGCGCUUGGUGCCCGCCAGGCAUUGAAGAAGAAGAAGGAGGCCGAGGCUGCUGCUGCCACUAUCGACGGCCACUACCAGCCGACUGAGGCCACGGACAGCCCGGUCGACAUGACGAUGGAGGUCGAGAGCUCGUCCAGUAGCCUGUGGGAGUACAGCGAGUUCUGCUCGCCACCAUCGCCAACUCCCACCACGUACGAGGAGCAUGCUCCCGACGGACUCCAAACUUUACCACGCAGAGUCGGGCUUGUCGUCCUCAGCCUGUCACUACCCGCAAAAGUCAACAAACAAGACUCGCAGGGCGCCCCCGUCAAGCACUAG